UGGGCAGUGGUGUGUGACAUGGCGCGUGUGGUGUGGUUGGCAGUCCUGCUUUGCCUCCUCGUUGUGGGAGUGCGGGGGGAUGCCUCGAAGGAGAACGAGUCCCUAUCCCAAGAGGAGGACCUAUCAGUGUCCCUCGAAUCCUUGGAGAGAACAGGAAGACAAGGCCGGUCACACGGUACAUUUAAUCAACAUUUCCGCUUUAAACGAAGUCCCCGCUUCUUUAGUUCCGAGUCUGUGGAAAGCCUUGAGGGUCAGUACGGGUCCGAAUCCUUGGAGAGUGACGAAAGAGUCAGGUACACAAGCUUCCGCCGACGCCCUCGCUCCCCGCGUUUUAAUUUCGCGGACUCCCGGAGCGACGAGGACUUCUCCACGUCCAGGUCCUCAGAGGAAGAUGACAGGCUCCGGUAUGCCGCCCACUUCUUCCCUCACCGUACUCUGCGUUCCUCUCCCUUCUCCGCAGGCGUUGCGAACACUCGGAGCAGCGACAGCUCCAUUGGGGAAGGGCUGUCAAGUCUAGCACGAAAACAAAAGCGAGCCACGACACAGUUCCGUAUACCUAGGCACGGCUUUGUCUCCAGGCGAGUGUCCUCCAGGAACUUUGCCGCCCCCUCACCUCCCCUGGGAGUCACGGACUCUUUAGAAAGCCAAGAACACAAGCCCGAGUCCUUGGAGAGAAGAGGAAGAGGGCGAGGAAGACAGGGACGAGGGCAGCAACAGCGCGGCACACUUGGCAACACUCCUCACCGCGCUGCUUCCCGCCAAAACUUCGCCCCCACCCGCCCUGCCGCUCCCGAGUCCUUGGAGAGUCUGGAAGUGGAGUCCGUGUUGAACAACCCCGUCAAUGUGUUCGGCAGGACGUCCCCGCGAGGCCGCCAGGCAGGGAGGGGCAGCGGGGGGCACUACACUGGUCAUUCCGGUGGUGUAGCGUUGCCAACUCACUUUGACGCCUUUAACCCGCCGCGACCUACUUUUGGCAGGUCGACUCCUGUCUCCAUCCGCCCCUCCCGCACCUCACGCCCCCGCUCUCCCACGCGCUCUUCCGCCCACCGCUCGCCGUCCAGAGCCGUGCACACCCACACACAGAACGCCGCUCAGCAAGAAUCCUUCGGCGUGCCACUUCCUGUGCCCUCACAACCUGCAGCCGCCAGACACCAGCCGGAACCCACCGGCCUUCCCAUGCCCGUCGCUGCAGUCACGCACUCCAGACCGUCCACUACAUCCAGGCGUCUAACUGGCCGCCCUUUACCUCAAGCCAUCCCGCCCCCCAACCCCCAGCAGUCUCCAGGCAUUCCCCUCAGCAGCCCCGUCCACAGUCAGACCAACACACAGUCCACCAGCCCGCAGCAGUCCACAGGCGUCCCCCUCCCCACCAGCUUACAGUCAGCACAGAGGGGAAGACAGUCGUCCAGAAGGCAGCCGUCCCGCGGCCGUCCACUCCCCACUAACUCACUGGCCACGGGAAGCCGCAGGAAGUCUACUGCCUCUCAACGUAACUUCGGGCGCCCUCUACCCACACAGAGGCAAAGACAGUCCCACGUCUCCCGACAGUCUCAUGGGCGUCCCCUCCCCGCCAACCCACAGCCCACACAGAGCCUGAGAGAAUCUAACAUCCCACAGCAACCUUCUGGUCUUCCCCUUCCUGUGAACCUGCAGAUCACAGAGAACCUAAGGGAGUCCAGCACCCUUCAGCAGUCCUCAGGUCAGCCCCUUCCAGUCAACCCACAGCUCACACAGAGCCUGAGAGAAUCUAACACCCCACAGCAACCUUCUGGUCUUCCCCUUCCUGUGAACCUGCAAAUUACGGAGAGCCCUCAGCAGCCUUCAGGUCAGCCCCUUCCAGUCAAUCCACAGUCCACACAGAGCCUAGGAGAAUCUAACAUCCUACAGCAACCCUCUGGACUUCCCCUUCCUGUGAAUCUGCAAAUCACGGAGAGCCUUCAGCAGCCCUCAGGUCAGCCCCUCCCAGUCAAUCCACAACCAACAGAGAGUCUAGGAGAGUCUAACACCCCACAGCAACUCUCUGGCCUUCCCCUUCCUGUGAGCCUACAGGCCACAGAGAGCGUGAGACAGUCUAAUACUCACCAGCAGCCCUCUGGCCUCCCUCUUCCUGUCAACUCACUCCCCACGAAGAGCCGAAGACAGCCCAGUACUCGCCAACGGUCCACUGGCCGCGCCCUCCCCGUCAGGCCGCUCCCCAAGCAGAGUUUCGGGCAACCUCUCAUCUUGCAAGCCCCAACUUCCCGGCAGAAUCAAGCAGAGUUAGUAAGUCGAGGCAGUGCUCAAGCUGUAGCGGAUCUCUUAGGCGGCGUUGCGGUCACCCAAAGAGUCACCAGUUCUCGUGGUUCCCGCUCUCGCUCUCGCUCUCGCUCCAGAAGCAGACAGCAGGGUACCGUCUCCUUCGAACCGCCCCAGAACCUUCAGUCUUUGGAACCUCAUCGUGGUAGUGGUAGACUAAAAGGACCAUCACCUCCUGAAAACAUCGCAGCCUCUCCUCGCUCCAGAGCUGCCCAUCGUCGAAGGGGCUCCAAGAGGGUUCAGGUGGUCAGGGUGCAGUCGAAGUCCCACCCGAAGAAGUCUCUGCCGCAUUCUGAGUUCCAACGACGGGUACUGAAGGAUGAGGAGGUCCCCCAGCAGCAGCUACAACACGGGGAAGAGAAGUAUGAGUCUCUGGUGAAGGAGAGUAAGGAGCUUAAUGAAGUGGAGGAAUUGGAGGAAGAGGAAGAAGGUGAGGAAGAUGAAAACGAGGUAGAUAAUGAGGAAAAUGAUGAAAAUGAUGAAACUGAACAAAGUGACGAUAAGGAAGAAGAAAACGAUGAAGAAACUGACCAUAAACAAGACGAAGAUAAUGAGCAAGAAAAGGAUAACGAAGAAGAAGAAGAAAAAGAAAAAGAAGAAGAAGAAGAAGAAGAAGAAGAAGAAGAAGAAAACGAACUGGAACAAGACAAGGAAGAGGAGAAUGAACAGGAACAAGAUGACGAGGAGGAAGAGGAAGAGGAUAAAGACGAUGAAGAGGAUGAUGACCCACGCCAACAGUACAGGACUUCUCAGAGGCACCACCAGAGAGGACAGGGCAGAGGGAGGACCUUUCAGAGGCAGAGUGUGCGGGGACAACGACAGCAAACAUACAGACCAAUCCCGCAAAGACAGCAGCCACAGCAACAGCCUCAGAGGACCCCCCAGAGACAGGUUACGCGGGGGAGACAACAGCAGAAGCAACAAGAAACCCAACCACAACCUGAAAAACAACAACAAACGCAGCGACAGAAUGCAAGGGCGUCCCAAAGACAACAGCAACAGUCUCAGCAGCGUCAGACUGGCACGAGGACCACAGGGCGUAUCUUUGGCGUCGCUCUGCCGCCAGCGACGACGACGCCACAACGAGACCGUUCCCGCCCGGUCGCCACCACCACAGGGCGCCUCAGAGGGGCUCGCUUAGAAUCGAUUAGCAAGGAGGACAUGACUCUGGAAACAGUUAGCAUCGAAGACAUGACUGGCGAGAAGGAUCUGACAUCGGAAACAGUCAGUAAUGAAGACAUGACUUCGGAAUCGUUGAGCAAUGAAGGCAUGGCGGCACAAACGCUCAGUAAGGAAGAUAUGACUGAUGAGGCGAUAAGUAAGGAAGACAUGACUGAUGAAAAAUUGAGCGUUGAGGACGUGACUUGGAAAAAGUUUCCGGCUCGUCGGAGAGGCCACCGCAUGAAGGUCCACCGCCGAGUGUUGAAGCCCGGACAGGCGUCACAGAGGCAGCAGCCACAGCGGCAGGCUGCAGCGGACCCACAGAGACAAGCCCCGCGGGAACAAGAACAACAACAGAGUCAGACCAAUGCCAGAACCACGGGACGACAGCGAACCGGCGUCGCUCUGCCGCCGGCGACAGCAACGCCGCGGCGCGUGCACUCCCGCCCCGCCACUACCGCGCGACGUGGUGGUGAUGCUCGCUCGUACGGCGCAAGGGGAGCAGCCAGAGGACGUCAGCCAGUGCAGGCGACACAUCUGAGGACUGAUGGCAGAGGUGGCGCGGCGACGAGAUCACGAGGACGUGUACUGACGAGGGGCGGUGCGUUUGGGAGGGUGAGGCAAGACUCAGUGGAGGACAUGACUUCAGAAACUCUCAGCAAUGAAGACAUGACCUUGGAAUCCUUAAGCGCGGAGGACAUGACUUCGGAGACCCAUACCGCGGAGGACAUGACUUCAGAAACCCUUAGUGUGGAGGAUAUGACUUCGGAAGCGUUUAGCAAGGAUCUGACUUCGGAGGCUCCUAGUCAGCAAAAUGUUCUCCCAGCCUCGAUCAACGACAACUUGGCUCUAAAGAUUGUAAGUGAGGAGGACCUAACUUCAGAAACUGUAAGCGAGGAGUUCACAUCGGAAAAGUUCAGCUCGGAAGACAUCACCACGGAAGCGUUAAGUAAGGAGGACUCGAUCUCAAAGUCAGUGAGUGCAGAGACUAGAAAGAAGUUCCCCGCACGCCGGAGGAACCACCGCAUGCAGGCACAAAGGCAGCCUGGACAGACUUCGCAACAACCACAGCGGCAGAGUGGGAGAUCGAGGACAUCACAAACACAGCAGCCACAGAGCCAGCCAUCCCAGCAACAGAGUGCAAGGGCUUCACAGAGGCAAGCGCCACAGCAUCAGAGUCAGACCAGUGCCAGAACCACGGGACGACAGCGCACCGGUGUCGCGCUGCCGCCGGCGACGACGACGCCGCAGCGCGUGCACUCCCGCCCCACCGCCACCGCGCAACGUGGUGGCGGUGCUCGCUCGUACGGCGCACGUGCAGCAGCCAGAGGACGUCAGCCAGUGCAGGCGACACAGCAGAGGACUGAUGGCAGCGGUGGCGCGGCGACGAGGUCACGAGGACGUGUAUUGGCAACGGGCCACAGAUUCAGUGGCAGGGUGCGGGCAAUCUCCGACGAGGACCUCACUGAUGAGACUGUGAGUGCUGAAGACACCACCUGGGAAGUCUUGAGCACCGAAGACGUGACAAGGGAAGACAGCACAGAGCAACCCGCGGGACUCAGCCUGGCGAGCGUAUCCCAGACCCUGAGUGACGAGUACGUUACUAUAGAGAGCAUAGACACGACGAGAGAGGAGAGCAUAGAUAAGUCUAGCAGGGACGCCUGGAGUGAGGAGGACGUAACGAUAGAGAGCAUAGAUACAACGAGAGAGAGCAUAGAUAAGUCUAGUAGGGAUUCCUGGAGUGAGGAGGACGUGACGAUAGAGGAGAGCAUAGAGAAGCCUAGCACGGAGCUGAGUUUUGAAAGAUUAGUCAAAGCUUCAGACGCAGCGGUGUUGUGAUAGAGACACUGAUAUAGUCACCCUAGUAGUGCUAUAUUUCGGAGACAGUUUAAGGGAGAAUGAAGGAUGAACGUCACGCUUCUAAAGACAUCGAGAAUGCAAAAGGCCAGUUCAUUAAGGCAGCUCCUGGUCACUUAAAAUUUACAAGCCAUCAGUAUUCAAGUGUUUGUCAGGGAAUACUUGAAAGUAUUAGUUUUCCUUUAGCGACAUAAAACCUCUUUCUGUUCAAGUGGAUACAUUGGAAUACGAGUGAAGAGAUACAAGGCACAGCAUUCAUAAACAUUUCUUAUCUUGACUGCCCGUAACAGGCUCUAGUGAAAGUUACUGGGGUUCUCAAGGGUGUUUUCAUGAGUCCAGUGAUAGUUUAAAAUAUAUUAUGCCUUCUAAACAGGAAAAACAUCCAUGAGAACUUGACAAAUUAUCACUGGCCUUUCAAAACAGUCCUGAUAAUUGAACCAAACGUUUAAAAACACUAAGCUAGAUUUCAAAAGCAUUACAUUUCAAAACUAACUCGUUCAUGAAAGAAUAAUUAUAAGUACAGUGAUAAAAUCUGUACAUAAAAAAAAAAAAAAAACUACACGAUCUCCAUGGACGAAAUCGUAACACAAAAUUAAACAAGCUCUAUAUUAUAAUAUCCUAGAUUUUCACAGCAAUCCAAUCAUGAAAGCUUACAUUUUUUUGUCAAUAAUCAGGUUUCACUUUCACUGGAGUGUCGCCUGUGCAUGGCUAGGCUGCGGGAAACUGGUUGUCUGGUUUUGUGUAUACCAGCCCAGUUGGUUGUCUGUUGCUGCUCUUGACACAAUCCUACGCCAUACUGCAAAUAGAGAGCACAUGGGUGACACAACCAGUAAUACAGAAAAAAAAAAAAAGUUAUAUAGGACACUGCAUCUUGCUUAAUGCUCCCACAUAUUUGAUGCGCUCGCAAAACUUUUUUUUUUUCCUUUCUUGUUCCGCCAUAAACCAGUGCGAGGAUAGUGGAGCAUACAUAGUGUAGUCUUAUUAUAAAGCGAAGUGAAGUUCUCUGGGACAUUCAAUUUUCUUGUUCCGCCAAGCACUAAGACGAGGCUAGUGCGGAAUUAUGCAGCCUUAUUACGAAACAGUGGAAUUCAAGAACUUAACCGAAUGAAAACUUUGAAUUGUAAUGUAUUCCUUUCGGCCUGAUUCACUGAUAAAACUUUCUCUUAUUCCUUCAAACAAUAAGACGAGACUAGUGGAGAAUAGUGCAAUCUAAUUAUGAAACUUGGGCUCUGUAUUCAUAGUUACUUUAUACAACGAAAUUGGGUGAAACUAAGUAGAAGGAAAGCAGAAAGAACUAAUAUAAAAAAAACUACUAUUUUUUUUUCCCCGUAUGAAUUUUAAUUCCACGUAGCAAAGAGAACAGAAAUGGAAACGAGACGGAACAGAAAGGGUGAUAACAUCAGACGAGGCGCGCGAAGGCAGGACAGGACCAUGUUGUGAAACUUCCACGGCGCACCUCCACUACAUUCAGAAGGCUGCAGUUGAAGUGACACGGACUUUCAAGAGUAUUUUUACUGUUCUAGUGACAGAGUAACAAGUUUUCUUCAUUAUUAACAGGAAAAGCACUCUUGAGAACCCGGCUAAUCAUCUCUGUGGCCUUUGAAAAUAGUCGUGGUGAGAGAACUAGGCGUUUCAGAAUACGGGCCUCAGAAAGACUCAAUCCGAAGCCUCCUCUGUCUUUCCCGGCAAAACCUGAAGCCUCUGGAAGCCUGAAGGACGUUGUGAUCUGAAGGAGGCGACCCUGAAGACUCCGCUCACCAAACUGAACACAUGUAUAUAAAUUAAUAUAGUAAUUUUAAAUAAAGUUAUAAUUUCC